CUACGAGAUACCCAAAUUGCUGCCACAUUGAACGAUUUAAACGCGCUGAGAGUGUCUUUGAUGCAAACUUCACCAGGAGACAUGCCAGCCGCAGAGUGUGUGCCUGCUCUGGCUGCAGCAUAGCCUUUACUAUUUACACUGAACUGCUAUUCUGUUUAUUUAUUUUUAAUUUCAUUCUGGUGAUUUAAAAUCCAACCAUAGUGGAAAUCGCUUGUAACAGUUUGAAGAGCAAUAUCUAGCGGUAUAAUAUCGCGAGAUCUCGUUAAAUUUCUCUUGAUUAAAAAUGGAGAAAAGGAUUAAAAGUAAUAGGACCAAAUACCAGGAGUUAGACAUGGCUAAAUUUGUCAUCAGAAGCCACACUACAUUUUAUUUAGUUUAACACUUACCGUGAUCGGGCUGUCAACAACCUGAGGCUCCUGCACUUCAGGCAAAGAUCCAGCAGUUGAUAUUUCCACGGUGCUGGUUGUUGUUGUAGUACUACAGUUGGCAAAGACUACCAAAAUUUUCCGAUCCUAAAGAGUGGGAUGUUGGGGGGAUCCUCCAUCCUCUUGGUGGGCUUCCAUUCGUCAGAUACAGGGGGUGCGUCCGUUUAAUGUGGCGAAAGAAUGAGUUAAAAACUCUGAAAUCUUGUUCACAGCCAUCUAUUCCACAGUAAACCCAAAAAUCCUGCCUUCGACCAUGAGCUGCAUUUAUGUGGCUAAGGAGCACCUUCAGAGUUAAAGAAACAAAGAUAAAACAGAUCAUACAUCUCCAGAGCGCCAUGGUGAACUGUUUUCCCGCUGUAGCAAUGCAGCUUUACCGCUCUCCACUGAAGGCCACAGAUGAGAGUGUGGGACCAUGGGAAAGGUAGGCAAUUUUAAAAAUAUAUGUAUCCUUAAUUAUCCAAUUUUUCAGGUUUAAAUUACAUCAGUUAUAUUUAUUUUUAGGCAAUAAGUGUUUAAGACUGAAUUUAUAUUUUUAUUUUAUUUUUUUACUUAAAAAAAAUUAAAUAUAAAUAAUUUUGUGCAUGCGCAUUCUCAGUUCCUGUCGUGACGUUACUUUCACGCGGGACAAAAUCUUUUCCCCUGCUUUGUUGACCGUCAGGACCGUUACGAAGAUCAAAAUUAUUUAUUUAAACAAAGCGAACAGUAAUUUAAGGUUGGUAACAUUAAGUUGAUUUGAAAAAUACUAUGGUACAACGGUGUUAUUAAGAUAAUGUCGUGUUUUGUGAGGGUGCUAGUUAGCAAUCUAGCUAAUGUGUUAACUUUAGCUAAAUGAUCUUAUUUAAGCCGUAGGAUAUUUCCAGGUACUGUGAGUGGAGGCUUUGGAACCGAACCAGAGAACUGCUGUCACGGCAUGGACAAGUUUGACGAUGCCAUACUGUCUGUGUUGCAGGCUGCGAAUAUUGACGAGGAAGCUUUGAGAAGCUUUACCCGGGAUGACCUAAAGGAUCUUUUUCCGGGCCAUGAAAAUUUCUUCCGGAGAAAGAAGAUUUGGGAUUUUAUCAGCCAAAAGUUUAAGAGUACUGACCAAGAUGCCAACACUUGCCAUCGAAGUGAGAGUAACCCCUUAGGCUUUGAUGUGUCACAAUGUCAACCUCAAACUUCCACUCCCAUUUCCUACACUGCUGACAAAAAAUGAAAAUGCCAGACCCACCAGAGUAUGUGGUGUAUACAGAUUCAGAGUUGGACAUGGUGCGCAGUCAGUACUUUGCAUUGCUCCACAGUGGAAAGGAAAAGGACUGUAAGAUGUCGAAGGAACUCUGUUGCAGACUUGUAAGGAACACAGUCACCAGCAUGGUUGCAAUCCUCCGUGCUAGUCCCAUGGGGAAAGAAGUAAGAUACCCCUCCAAACUCGAAAUGAGAGCAAUGUCACAGAAGAUUGUCGACUAUUACCCCAUGUUACGUGAUGCUGACACACACAUGCCAUACCUGACCAUCUACACCAAACUGUACAAACGACUCCAAAAUAUGAAGUCUCCAAGGAAGAGGCAGGGCUCCAUGCCGCAACGAGGCAGGCUCGGGAAGACUCUUUUCAGCUCAGAUGACACAGACAAUGGGACUGAAGGUGACCUAAGUGGUGAAGCAAGUGGUUCAUGUGACUAUACCAUACUUCUUGAGAGCAAUGAUGAGCUCAGCGAGGAUAACUCAAAUGCAGAGAAAGAAUCCCAAUUGCCACUACCCUCCACUGUACCAACUACGUCAAACAAUACUACCCUGGCUUUACCACUAUUAUCCAAGUCAGCCUCAUGCUCUGCACCCAGGGCUGAUAUAGGUCCAUCAACUGCACCUCUAGAUGAUGUUGUUGACCAUGACAGCCUGAAGAUGCAGGCAAGGCAUUACAAAACCUUGAGCAACAUGUACAGGAAACCCAAUGCAAAACCCAACCAAAGUGACGUUGCUCAAAUUUUGGACCUGGAGUUUGAGGCCAGACGAGCUUUUAUUGACGCAGAUGUUACAAGGGAAGAAGACAGGCCCAGAAAAAUAUUUGAAGCAUACCCGUGCUUCAAAGACAUACGAAAUGCGAUGGAUGAACUGCGUCGCAUCGUUGGUGGCUUCAACUGCAAAUACAUAGAUCAAAUGAAGGGUCGAUGGGCAGAGUUUUGUUCAAGUGGAUUUUACUGUCACUCUCGUCAAUGCACUUCCAUCUCUUUUUCCUUCAAAACUACACCACCAAAGCGGCUGGGAAGUGCCAGUGAGGCUCUCCUUCAUAUCCUCAAGCCGGGUGAAGAUGCUAUACUUUACCUGGAGAAGCGGCCUCUCUCCUCCCCAGUGCUGCUUUUUGAUGGGACAACCAGCAUUGUUGCUGUAGGAAAUAUACCAGUGACCACUCUCCCCUUGGAGGAUUUCUGGGAAGGAAUGUUGGUGUUGAUGGCAUAUUACUACACCUUGCACUUAACAUACCCGAAAUGUGUUGCAACGGUCCUCUCUGUCAUACAAACUGAGGUAAUCACUGAUGCCAUCCAUGAUCAAGAUGCCACUAGUGCAUAUAAGAAAGCAAUAGCUGAGUGGAAGUCAUUCUUUGAAAAAUAGGUGAAUACCAAGCAGAAUUUUAUCAGGUCAUUUGCAGUUUGUUUAGUUUUGUAGUACGUUUGUACAACUUUGUUCCUAAUUUGGCUAGCAAUGUCCUGAGAAACUGCUUUACUUAUAAUGCCUUACAAAUGAAAGUUGUUGGGUUUUUUUUCUCUUAAUGACACUUUACUUGAGGCAUGUAAAGUUUUAAGUCAGUAAUGCCGUUAUUUACAACAUUGUGAGACUAUGUGACUGUCACAAAAGUUUAAGGCUAAAAAUGUAAUUUUUUUUCUCUGUUUAGGCCUUCUAAAGGGUUGAUUUAGACUUUUAGGGAUUGUGCAGCAGCCCUAUAUUGUUUUAAAAAAGGGUUUUGUUCUCAUGAGAGGAAUA